UGAAUUUACUCUAUACAAAGACAAUCUCUACCUUUUUGAAAAUGCUCAACAGGAUUUUCUUUGUGUGCCUGUCUCUCAGUCUGUACAGUGCAGGCUCCUCGCUGAGCUGCAGAUGGAUCAUGGAUCAUAAAUUCAGACAGCACAGUGAAAACUCUUUGGCUCUACUGGAUACGAUGGCUAAUAACUCCACUAACACCACUGAGGAUGCUGAAGUGGAGGACACUGUGGCCUUCCCUAAUCUUCUGUACAGACAGGCGUCCAAAGCAUCAGCUGAGGAUCAACUUGCCUUCACAGUUCAGAUUCUUAAUGAGACGGCUGCCCUGUUUGAGGAGGAUCACAGCUCUGCAUCAUGGGAGGAGAACACAGUGGAGGACUUUGUCAAUGUUGUAACCCGGCAGGCUGACAACCUUCGCUCCUGUAUUGGGAGCCACGGCCACAAGACUAACAAGAAGCUACAAAUGUAUUUCAUGAAACUUUCAAGCCACGUCAUAAAGAAAAUGGGCCACAGUGCUGAAGCCUGGGAGUUGAUCAGGAAUGAAAAUCAAAACCCAUCUGAUGAGAGCGGACCAGCUGGUUUCAUCUCUACUCACCACCAACUAAAAGCUGUUACCUUUUUUGAGCAACUCUUUGCUGUUGAUGAUGACCCUGAUGAGACAACUACAGACUUUGAAGACAGAGCUUGGACAGUUGCUGCCUCCAGUGAUAGAGCUCGGACCACUCCUCUCUAUGACAACGGAGCUUGGACCACUUCUGUCACUGACGAUGGAGCUUGGGCCACUGCCGGCUUUAACAAUGGAGCUCGGACCGCUGAUAGAAAUCCAAGUGGACUUCGAGACGGACUUGACUGUGGCGAUGGAGCUUGGACCAGUGCUGAUGGUGAAGUUGGAGAUUUCACUACAGCUCACAAUGAACACGGAGUUUGGGCUGCCGAUGAACUCUGA